AUGCUCUUGUUAAACUUUGCAACCGUUGGUUACGGCCUUGCCGCCAUUAUCGUCGUUUUCUUUGCCCGGAUUUUAUUUCUCGGCCUCACGUGUCCCAUCCGUCACCUACCAGGGCCUUGGUAUACGUGCUUCUUUGACCAUGUCCUCAAGUUUUACAACCUCACCGGUCGGCGCAUGCAUUACGUCCAUUCCCUCCACCACCGCUAUGGGCCAAUUGUCCGCAUAUCGCCCACUGAUGUUGCAGUUGCAGACCCGGAUGGGUUUAAUACAAUUCACAAGAUUGGUUCCGGCUUUCUGAAAGGUCCAUGGUAUUCGACUAUUGCACCAGGCGUCGAGCCGGGUAUUUUUGCAAUGGUAGACCCAAAGCAACAUGCCGCUCGUCGAAAACUCUUUGCUCGAGCCUUUACGAGCACGUCUCUGCGUCAAAACUGGGAAUCUGUCGUGAGACAGAAGGUAGAGAGGGCCGUAGAGCGGAUAAAAACCGAUGCUCUCAACGGAAAAGCUGAUGUGUUCAAGUGGUGGACAAUGAUGACUACCGAUGUGAUCGCCCACCUCUCGUUUGGGGAGUCGUUUGAUAUGUUGGAAUUUGGCAAGAAAAACCAAUACAUCAAAGCACUGGAAUCCGUUUUUAUCAUGAGCACACUCCGCGCCGAGUUGCCACUGAUUUACCAUUUGGCUCGGCUCCUUCCGGUCAAAUCGAUUCAAUCAGUUUUGCAAGCCCAAACAGUUGUAGAUGCCCAUGCUGUGAGAGCGGCUGCCAACCUCCGUCAAAAUGGGCAUUCUGCAAAUCUCUUUGGCAAUAUGCUCGCAGAAUGUGAAGCAGGCGAGAAAUCCGACCUGACUCCAGAAAAAGUACAAGCGGAAGCAGGCAACUUGAUUGUUGCCGGAUCUGAUACUACUUCGGUCACCCUCACAUAUCUCAUAUGGGCUGUUCUGAAGCGACCGGAUCUUCAAGCUAGACUUGAAGCAGAGCUUGCAGAAGUGGGCGCAGGGUUCGAUGAUGCUAGUCUCGAGAAGCUGCCACUGCUCAAUGCCGUCAUCGAUGAGACUCUCCGGCUUUACGGAGCUGCUCCAGGGAACCUACCUAGGACCGUUCCUCCCAGCGGUGCAACAAUCGAAGGGUUUUUCGUCCCUGGCGGAACGGUUGUCGAGACACAGGCUUACACCCUGCACCGCCAUCCUGACAUAUUCCCAAAUCCAUUGAGAUUUGAUGAGACUCGCUACUUGGACCAGGGUUCUUUGUCAAAGCAACAGAAACAACUAUUCUCUCCUUUUGGAGCUGGCACACGUGUCUGUAUUGGGCUGCAUCUGGCUCGUAUGGAACUUCGACUCGCCACUGCGGUUUUCUUCAGAAAUUGCCAAGGUGUGAGACUUGCCGAUGACAUGAUGGACGAGUUGAUGGAAAUGCAGAACUUCUUUCUGAUCAGCCCGGCUGGGCACCGUUGCGAAGUCACGUUGAGAUCAUAA